GGAGGGGGAGGAGUUGGUGGCGGCGGCAGAAGAGAGGGGCAGCAUCAGCGGUGGCGGCGCGCGCUGCCCCGCCCCCCGCUUCCCAUCCUCCUGCGCGAGGCGGCGGCGCAUGGCAUCGGGGUCUCCCUCCGGCCUGCGCCUCUUCCUCCUCCUCCUCCUCCCGCUUUCCCCUUUCCCACCUCCUCUCCGCUCCCUGCCAGGCCAAGGCCAUGACCGACUUCAAGUUGGGCAUCGUGCGGCUCGGCCGGGUGGCCGGCAAGACAAAGUACACACUGAUUGAUGAGCAAGACAUUCCACUUGUGGAGAGUUACUCUUUUGAGGCUCGGAUGGAGGUCGACGCAGAUGGAAAUGGUGCUAGAAUAUUUGCCUUUGCAUUUGACAAAAACCGAGGAAGAGGGUUCGGACGCCUGCUGCAUGAGUUACUGUGGGAGAGGCAUCGGGGGGGCAUCGCCCCUGGCUUUCAAGUCGUGCAUUUGAAUGCAGUGACAGUGGACAAUCGUCUAGACAACCUGCGAUUGGUUCCAUGGGGAUGGAGGCCCAAAGCCGAAGAAAUCUCUAGUAAACAAAGGGAACAAAGCUUAUACUGGCUGGCGAUCCAGCAGCUUCCCACAGACCCCAUAGAGGAACAGUUUCCAGUGCUGAAUGUGACGCGCUAUUAUAACGCUAAUGGGGAUGUUGUGGAAGAAGAGGAGAGUUCGUGCACAUACUAUGAAUGUCACUACCCUCCCUGCACAGUGAUUGAGAAACAGUUACGUGAAUUUAACAUCUGUGGGCGGUGCCAGGUCGCACGGUACUGUGGCUCGCAGUGCCAGCAGAAAGACUGGCCGGCCCACAAGAAGCACUGUCGGGAGAAGAAGCGAGUCUUUCAGCAAGAGCUUGGACCAGAACGAUGACCAGCUGGCUGAGGCCUUAGCCCCACAGGGCACCUUCCCAGAAGGUUAAGGAGGAGUUGCCCACUUUGCACGGACUGCUCACUUGAAGCCAGAGGCACUGACAAAAAGGGGAGAGAGAGAGAGAGAGAGAGAGAGAGAGAGAGAGAGAGAGGAGAGAGAUUUAUAUAUAAAAAAAGACAAACCAAUCCCUGUGAUGCUUGAGGAAAGGUACUGACUCUUCCCUUCCAGUGUUAAAAAAAGAAAACGUCUGAAGAAAAAAGAAAAAAAAGACUACUGGGGAAGCUCUCCUGCUUGGACGCUUUCUGUUAUUUAUAUGUUAAUAUGUUUGUAAAGUUAUGUACAGAGGUUUUGUUUUGUUUUGUUGUUAGAAUGUCUCUUACAUAGGACUCAUUUACUGUAAUGUUCAAGUGAGAACACAUUGUUGGUUGAAAUAACUGUCCAGUAGCAAAAAGAGAAACAAAAAAAAAAAAGCUUUUCCUCCCCCUGUGGCUAGGAGAAGGCCUGGGGAGCUAGCUCAGAACAUCAGCAGUUAAAUCUGAACAACUCUGCAUGGAAAGUUGUGUUUGCAAGUAAAGGAUUGGAAUGGA